CCUCCUAAAGAGCGGCCAUUAAUAUACUGCUACUCGAUCAUGGAUUCCAGUGUUCGCGCCCGCCCUGAUCUCCCAUGCGCCGGCUGCCGGACGCUUCACCGCAAGUGCAGUCACAACUGCAUGCUGGCUCCCUACUUCCCAUCCGACGAGCCCGAGAAGUUCGCGAGCGUUCAUAAGGUGUUUGGAGCUAGCAAUGUGAUCAAACUGCUUCUCAUGGUGGAGGAAGGAAGACGGGAGGAUGCUGUAAAAAGCAUGGUGUACGAAGCCCAUGCAAGGCUUCGAGACCCUGUCUAUGGAUGCACCACUGCCAUCUCCUACUUGCAGAAGUGCGUGGAAGAUCUCAAGGGGCAGCUGAAAACAACCAGACAGCAAGUCCUCGAGUCACAAGAACAAAGAGAUCGACUGUUGCGAAUUCUCAUGGAUGAUCCCUACCUAAAGCCAACCUACCUUCCUGCUGGCACCACGGUGUGUGGCGGUGGGAGCAGUUUCAUGUUCGACAAUAUGAUGCAUGAUGACCAUUUCGGAUCUUUUGCAGAUAACUGGCCAAUGAUAUGAAGAUCUGUUAUGGAUCCCUGAUUGUUUUAGUUGAGAUGGCCGAGUUGGUCAAAGGUGCCCGAUUUAUAAGGUUCUGGUCCGCAAGGGUGUGGGUUCGAAUUCCACUUCUAUUGUAAUUAAUCACCAAAAAGACUAUAAGAUAUAUGUUUAGUUGUUUGUUCUUUUAA